CUCCCAGCACGCCAUCACUUGCGGUCGUAGCUGCAUGGCCGUGUCCUUUGCAUCGACUGCCACUGUCCUGGGAUAUCCUGCAGAAGCUGAGAACAGAAGCCCUGCAGAGAGUGCACAGAGGAAGCCCAUAGAUGCUGGUCACGCUCCAUAUCGAUUUGCGUUAGAUUCGUCAGCUUGGCGCAAACAUCUUGAAGAUGAAGGAUAUGUUGUUCUCGCAAGGGCCAUGACUCCUGAUGAAGUCAAAACUGCAAAGGACUUGCUGUGGACAGACAUCGAAACGCAUCAUGGGAUAUCACGUGCUGAUUGUGAGACAUGGAAGACUUGGAGGCUUUCUCGUACAGGCCUCGACACAGCCGUGGUACAAGACCCUGGUGCUUGGUACGUCCGGGCGUGUCCCGGAGUGAAACGCCCGUUUGAAGAGGUCUGGGAAACUCCAGAGCUGAUUGUGUCAAUGGAUGCUGUGAUUCUUUGGAGACCCUGGUGGAUCAAGUCUUCAUGGAUGCCGAUCACAGAAGGAUUGCAUUUGGAUCAGAACCCGUUUCACAAGCCCGGUUUGGAAACGGUUCAAGGCAUGGUUCCUUUGCUGCCAGUGAGCAUGGCAAGUGGUGGCCUUAAGGUCAUCCCAAGGUCACAUACCGAAGCUGCCAAAGCUGAGCUGAAAGAGGAAUUUCCUCACUUGGCAAGCUGUGGUGACUGGUGCCCGUUGAUGAGCGAUCAUGAGAGUGCUAUAUUGCUCUUGGCGGAGCCUGGGGAUCUCAUCCUCUGGGAUUCUCGCACCAUCCAUGGCGGCCACGUCGGCAGCGGCUUCAGUCGCUGCCCGGGCCCGGAGGAGUCCCCCGAGCUGGCGCGGAUGUCGGUGACCGUGUGCAUGGUGCCACGCAGUAAAGCAACUCCUGAAGUUCUUGAAGCUCGACGACAAGGCUUCUUGAUGGGAAAGAUCUUCAAUCAUUCACCGCAUGAGGCUGGCACCAGCAGUGGUACCUUGCGUUCCAUGUCCGCCAGAAGGCAUCGCCUGGAGGACCUGACUAUGGCCCAGCAAUCCCUGCUGUAGGGCACCGGCCCACAGCCGGGCGCCGGCAAUGUACAGAUGCGGAGGUCCAAAAA